AUGUCCAUGGCCUCGCAGCACAUAUGGAAUAUCAUCCUCGCAUGUGGCUUUACUUCAACAGCAAUCCACCUCUUUAAUCAACGUCGCGAAUCUGAAACACAGCGACUCCGUUUUGCAGCCCAUAUUGGCGCGUUGGAGGAUGUUCUUCGCCGUCUUCGCGCGGGGGAGCGCAUCAGCGACGAAGAACUGGCAAAAAUACGUAGACGGGUCGGACUCGCACCAAGAAUAAACCCUACAGAUGUCACUUUCGUGCCAAUGCAACUUUUAGAAUCAACGAAGGAUGCCGAGUCCAAACCAAAGAUGAAUGCUGAAGAAGAACUAGCCUUCGAAUGGAAUAAAGGCGAGUAUCUUCUAGUCGUUGGACGCACACUGACGCGUGUUAUAGCGCUUGACGAAGCCUCAAAGACACCUUCUGCGAGACCCUCGCUUCUGCGCGCGUUGCUUGGGAUGGAAGCCGCUCAGCAAGCAGUUUCCAGUAUCUCCACCACACCCUCAACUACACCUGCACCAAGUCCCGGUGUACCCUCCAAGAAACCCGUCUUUUACUAA